AUGAUUGCAUGCCACAUGAGCACAUUCCCUCAUCCCCUCGUCUCCCCUCUUAAUCCCUCUUCCCCGUACUUCCAAGCCCCCUUGACGUGCGAUCCAAUCGCCCUGCCCAUUGCCGCUGCAAUCCUCCCCUCCGUUCUUCUCCCCUCAUACCGUUUCUCCCCGCGCCCCUCGUCUGCCUCCUCCCUCUGCUUUUACACUCAUCACUUUUCCCCAUUUCCUCCCCUUGGCCCAUUCGUCACCGCCACGCCACAGAUGCAUCUGCUGCCCCUCAUGUCCCCUCCCCCCGCUCCCCUUCCCCCGCUCCCCUCCCCCCGCUCCCCUCCCCCCGCUCCCCUCCCCCCGCUCUCCUCCCCCCGCUCCCCUCCCCCCGCUCCCCUCCCCCCGCUCCCCUCCUCCCGCUCCCCUCCUCCCGCUCCCCUCCCCUCCCUCCACCACGUUAACAUCCCUCCCCUCCCAUCGUCUUUUCCCACAACACACCUGGCUCAUCACGCACGCGACCACUUUCAUGGCCCCUCCCUCCCUCCCUCUUUCCCCCCUUUCUCGUCCAUCCUUCUAAAACCGCUCCUCUCAUCUCUCCCCAUGCACCCACCCCGUGCACCCACCCCAUGCACCCACCCCGUGCACCCACCCCGUGCACCCACCCCGUGCACCCACCCCGUGCACCCACCCCGUGCACCCAUCCCAUCGCAUGCACACAGGCCCAUCAUGCACCUGCCGUCACUCAACAAGCCGCUAGUGGCUGUGCGCUUCUGCCCCCUCUUCUUCCACCCCUCCUCGCCCACCCACUCGCCUGCACUCGCCCCGCCUGCACAUGUCCCUGACGCCGCAACCCCCACUGCUGCUGGUGCUGCUGCUGCUGGUAUUGGUGGGGAUAAGGAGGAUGCGCAACAAGACCGGCACCAGCAACAACAGAACGCACCACCAUCCCCUGCCGCCUCCUCCUCCGCACCGCUCUCCCCCAUACCCGUGUCACUGCCAUACCGCAUGGUGUAUGCUGUGGCAUCCACCAACUCAGUGUGCCUCUACGACACGGCCACGCCCCGCCCCCUCGCGCUGCUUGGCGGCCUGCACUAUGCUGCCAUCACGGACCUUGCAUGCCUCCCCUCUCCUCCCCUCCCCUCCCCUCCCCUCCCCUCUCCUCCCCUCCCCUCCCCUCUCCUCUCCUCCCCUCCCCUCCCCUCCCCUCCCCUCCCCUCUCCUCCCCUCCCCUCCCCUCCCCUCUCCUCCCCUCCCCUCCCCUCCCCUCUCCUCCCCUCCCCUCCCCUCCCCUCUCCUCCCCUCCCCUCCCCUCUCCUCCCAUCCCCUCCCCUCCCCUCCCCUCCCCUCCCCUCCCCUCCCCUCCCCUCCCCUCUCCUCCCCUCCCCUCCCCUCCCCUCCCUCCCCUCCCCUCCCCUCCCUCCCCUCCCCUCCCCUCUCCUCCCCUCCCCUCCCCUCCCCUCUCCUCCCCUCCCCUCCCCUCUCCUCCCAUCCCCUCCCCUCCCCUCCCCUCCCCUCCCCUCCCCAUCCUCCCGUCUCCCCUCCCCUCCCCAUCUCCUCCCGUCUCCCCUCCCCUCCCCAUCUCCUCCCGUCUGCCCUCCCCUCUGUCACGGCACGGUGACCACGGGGGCAGGGCACCGGACGGGAGGUGUUUGGUGGUGGCGUCACAGGACGGGUACUGCACCCUCGUCACCUUCACCACUACCGACCUCGGCACGCCCAUGCUGCCCUCAGACCUACCACCCCAUUGUUGCUGAUGCUGCUGCUGCUCCCUCUCCUCAUCUGCACGCCAGCCAUCCAAUGCUGGAUGGUGAAGCAACAGCAACAGCACCAGCAGCACCAGCAGCACCAGCAGCAGCAGCAGCAGCAGCAGCAGCAGCAGCAGCAGCAGCAGCACCAGCACCAGCACCAGCAGCAGCAGCAGCAGCAGCACCUGCAAGCAUUCCACACACUCCUGCUGCAUGCGUGAAUGCUUGUGAGGGGUUCCAAGAUGCUGCUGUAGGCAAGGGCGAUGCUGCUGUUGCGGGUGAGAAUGCAGCUGCUGCAGCGGAGAACAGUGCAGCUGCUCCAGGGGUGGGUGAUGCUGGUGUGGCAAGAGAGGGUGGUGCGUGUGCAUGCGCACCAGACUUGGCAGGCUCUGAGGCUAACGCACGCAGCUCGGAAGUUAAUAAUAAGCAGAGCGCUCACACUGAGCCUGCUGACAUGGAAGCUGGCAGGCAGGCAGGAAAGAACGGAGGUGUGGCACAGGUGGGGACAGCUGGUGCAGCACAAGUAGGGGCGGGGGAGCUACUACAGCAGCAGCAGCAGCAACAGCAGCAACAGCAGCAAGUGGAAGAGAGCAAACAAGGUGGGUGUGAGGCAGCAGAGAGAGGUGGGUCACAGCAGCAGGGUGUGAAGAGGCCACGAGAGGAAGACACUGGAGAGGAAACAAGGAAGGCUGUGAAAGCGCAGGUGGAUGACGGUUGA